AUGUCUCAGAGACAAAACAACAAGACAACUAAAGCGGAACGGGCAUCCUUCUUUCUGGCAAAGACCGCUGGAACGAAACCGUGGAAAGGCCGCAGCCCUUACAAACAUGGCGGGGAGGCCCGCUCCCACGAGGGAUCACUCUCGCCCUCGACCUCCAUGGGCUCCCUCCCAGAGGAUGAACCUCUCACAACAGCUGCAAUGCGACAAAUGCUCACCGACCUGGCUGACACACUACAGUCCAACAUGAAGACGUUGCAAAUUCUAGCGGUGGAUAUCUCCGACAUCGGCCAGCGCACGGCCCACGUGGAGCACAAGCUAGAUGAAUGUGCAGAUGCACACAAUCAACUGGCAACCAAA